AUGAAGUCUCAGACGCCGAGGACGUCAUCUAGUGGAGGGGAAGAUUCUAGACUAGUACCGAAAACAGAGGACCUAACCAUGGUACCUGAUCAAAUAGCUGUUGACCAAAAAACUGAAAUUAUUCCAGAAGAGUUUGAAUUUGAAAUUGGAGAAGACACUGCGGAGUUAUCAGAUGUGAGCGAAGUUGAACGCGUUGCUUAUCAGCAUGCUAUUACUCCUGAUACUUUUGAUUCUCACGGUGCUGUAUAUCAUUCGCAGCGCUCGGGUAAAUUUUUGCUUUCCAUGCAUUCCAAUAUUUUGUAUUAUACUAAGAUGGCAAAUUUAUUCAUUAAUACAUACACUUACGUAGAAUCAAGAGGAGUAUGUUGGAUUACUUUACAGAUUUCUUCCAUCAUGAAAGGUCAAAAAGUACCGUGUCUAUAUAAAUACGGAGAUUGGUCACCAUGUACACAGAGCUGUUGGGAUGGUUUAAAUCCGCUUCCGAAGAUGUUUCGCUCAGUUAAUAAAAGUUCAGUUGUACAGUCACGUGGAGGUGAAGAACCACUAUGUCCCCCAGACUUAUUGGUUCAAGUAGAUAUUGCACCUUGCAAUACCCAUCUAUGCCCUACUCCGUUAUCAAGUUAUGACUUCACUUCUUGCUAUUAUAAAGAUGCCGUAAAAGAAAAAGAAGGUGGAUGCUACAAAAUUCGCAAUGUGACACUGGAUAAUCGCUUGAUCAAUAUUGAUACUGAACUCGUAGAAGAUUGCUCUGAUAAGGAAUGUGAUAGCGUAUUAGACUUGAUCUAG